AUGGAGUGGAUAUUGAGGAUGACCCCACUUGCUCAUGGCCAGCUUCAUCACCUUCCAGCAAAGACCAGACUUCACCAAGCCAUGGAGAAGGUUGUGAUUUUGGUGAGGAAGAGGGUGGCCCAGGAUUGCCUUAUCCGUGCCAGUUCUGUGACAAGUCGUUCAGUCGGCUCAGCUACUUAAAGCAUCACGAGCAAAGUCACAGCGACAAGCUCCCUUUCAAAUGUACAUAUUGCAGUCGCCUCUUUAAACACAAGCGGAGCAGAGAUCGCCAUAUAAAACUUCACACGGGAGACAAGAAGUAUCACUGCAGUGAAUGUGAUGCAGCAUUUUCAAGGAGUGAUCACCUUAAAAUUCACUUAAAGACUCAUACAUCCAACAAGCCAUAUAAGUGUGCCAUUUGUAGACGUGGAUUCCUUUCGUCUAGUUCACUGCAUGGUCACAUGCAGGUUCAUGAGAGAAACAAGGAUGGUUCUCAAUCUGCCUCCAGGAUGGAGGAGUGGAAAAUGAAAGACACUCAGAAAUGCAGUCAGUGUGAAGAAGGCUUUGAUUUCCCUGAAGAUCUUCAGAAACACAUAGCAGAAUGCCACCCCGAGUGUUCCCCUAAUGAAGACAGGGCUGCUCUUCAAUGUGUUUAUUGCCAUGAACUCUUUGUAGAGGAAAGUUCUCUUGUAAAUCACAUGGAGCAGGCUCAUAAUGGUGAAAAGAAGAAUUCAUGCAGCAUUUGCUCAGAGAACUUCCAUACCGUGGAAGAACUGUACAGCCACAUGGAUAGUCACCAGCAACCCGAAUCAUGCAAUCAUAGCAACAGCCCUUCUUUGGUAACUGUUGGCUACACCUCAGUAUCUAGCACCACUCCAGAUUCAAACCUCUCGGUGGACAGUUCAACAAUGGUAGAAACGGCUCCGCCAAUAACAAAGGGUCGUGGAAGAAAGCGGGCAGCCCAACAAGUACCAGAUAUCACUGGUCCUUCGAAUAAGCAAGCAAAAGUUACCUAUAGCUGCAUUUAUUGCAACAAACAGUUAUUUUCAAGCCUUGCUGUUCUGCAGAUACACCUGAAAACUAUGCAUUUAGAUAAACCUGAACAAGCGCAUAUCUGUCAGUAUUGUUUGGAGGUGUUACCUUCACUUUAUAAUCUGAAUGAACAUCUUAAGCAAGUCCAUGAAGCUCCAGACCCAGCACUGAUUGUUUCUACCAUGCCUGCCAUGGUCUACCAGUGCAACUUCUGCUCUGAAGUAUUUAAUGACCUCAACACUCUUCAGGAACAUAUCCGAUGUUCUCAUGGGUUUGCAAACCCUGCUGCUAAAGACAGUAAUGCAUUCUUUUGUCCCCAUUGCUACAUGGGAUUUCUUACUGAUUCUUCUUUGGAAGAGCAUAUUAGACAAGUCCAUUGUGAUCUUAGCAGUUCCCGUUUUGGUUCCCCUGUACUUGGAACCCCAAAAGAUCCAGUAGUAGAAGUAUAUUCCUGUUCCUACUGUACUAAUUCUCCAAUAUUUAACAGUGUCCUUAAAUUGAACAAGCAUAUCAAGGAGAACCAUAAGAACAUUCCUUUGGCAUUGAAUUACAUCCACAAUGGAAAGAAAUCCAGAGCCUUGAGCCCCUUAUCUCCUGUAACUAUAGAGCAAACUUCUUUAAAGAUGAUGCAAGCUGUAGGUGGCGCUCCUCCACGUCCUGCAGGUGAAUAUGUCUGUAAUCAAUGUGGUGCUAAGUAUACGUCUCUCGAUGGUUUUCAGACUCAUUUAAAAACCCACCUUGACACUGUCCUGCCAAAACUGACCUGCCCUCAGUGCAACAAGGAGUUUCCAAACCAAGAGUCGCUGCUGAAGCAUGUUACAAUUCAUUUCAUGAUAACCUCUACAUACUAUAUCUGUGAAAGCUGUGACAAGCAGUUCACUUCAGUGGAUGACUUGCAAAAACACCUGCUCGACAUGCAUACGUUUGUAUUCUUCCGCUGCACCUUGUGUCAAGAGGUUUUUGACUCCAAAGUCUCCAUUCAACUACACCUGGCUGUGAAGCACAGCAAUGAAAAGAAGGUAUACAGGUGCACGUCUUGUAACUGGGACUUCCGUAAUGAAACUGACCUACAGCUUCAUGUUAAACACAAUCACCUGGAGAACCAAGGGAAAGUGCACAAGUGCAUUUUCUGUGGCGAGUCGUUUGGUACAGAGGUGGAGCUUCAGUGCCACAUUACUACACAUAGCAAAAAAUACAACUGCAAAUUCUGCAGCAAAGCUUUUCAUGCUAUUAUAUUGCUAGAGAAACACUUGAGGGAAAAACAUUGUGUUUUUGAAACUAAAACUCCAAACUGUGGAACAAAUGGAGCAUCGGAGCAAGUUCAGAAAGAAGAAGUGGAGCUCCAGACCUUGUUGACAAAUAGCCAGGAGUCACAUAAUAGCCAUGAUGGCAGUGAAGAAGAUGUUGAUACAUCUGAGCCCAUGUACGGUUGUGACAUUUGUGGAGCAGCAUAUACAAUGGAAACACUCCUGCAGAAUCAUCAGCUUCGAGACCACAACAUCCGACCUGGAGAAAGUGCUAUAGUUAAGAAGAAGGCAGAGCUGAUUAAAGGGAAUUACAAGUGUAAUGUGUGUUCUCGAACAUUCUUCUCUGAAAAUGGGCUCCGUGAACAUAUGCAGACACACUUGGGACCAGUGAAACAUUAUAUGUGCCCAAUAUGUGGUGAGCGGUUUCCAUCUCUUCUGACUCUUACUGAACAUAAAGUCACGCAUAGUAAGAGCCUGGACACUGGAAACUGCAGAAUUUGCAAAAUGCCUCUACAGAGUGAGGAGGAUUUUUUAGAGCAUUGCCAAAUGCACCCUGAUUUGAGAAAUUCCUUAACAGGAUUCCGCUGUGUGGUAUGCAUGCAAACAGUGACCUCUACCUUGGAACUGAAAAUCCAUGGGACAUUUCACAUGCAAAAAACAGGAAAUGGCUCUGCAGUGCAGUCCACAGGGCGUGCACAGCAUCUUCAGAAACUGUACAAAUGUGCUUCUUGCCUGAAGGAAUUCCGCUCAAAACAGGAUUUAGUGAAACUUGACAUCAAUGGUCUGCCAUAUGGUCUAUGCGCUGUCUGUGUUAAUCUCAGUAAAAGUGGUAGUCCAAGUGUCAACAUCCCUUCAAGCAGUAACAGACAAGGCUUGGGUCAAAAUGAGAACUUGAGUUCCAUUGAGAACAAAAACAAGGCAGGGGGACUGAAGACUCGUUGUUCUAGUUGCAAUGUUAAAUUUGAAUCAGAAAGUGAACUCCAGAAUCAUAUCCAGUCAAUCCACAGAGAGCUUGUUCCAGACAGCAACAGUACACAGCUGAAAACACCACAAGUAUCUCCAAUGCCCAGAAUCAGCCCUUCUCAAUCUGAUGAGAAGAAGACCUACCAGUGCAUCAAGUGUCAGAUGGUUUUCUACAAUGAAUGGGAUAUCCAAGUUCAUGUUGCAAACCACAUGAUUGUACUCGAAGGUAGAUAUACCUGUACUUCCACCAGUUCCAGAAGUCCCAGACGGGUGGGCAUUACUAACGAAGGAUUGAACCAUGAAUGUAAACUCUGCAAUCAAACAUUUGACUCUCCUGCCAAACUUCAGUGCCACCUGAUAGAACACAGCUUUGAAGGAAUGGGGGGCACCUUCAAAUGUCCAGUCUGCUUUACAGUGUUUGUUCAAGCAAACAAAUUGCAGCAGCAUAUUUUCUCAGCCCAUGGACAAGAAGACAAGAUCUACGACUGCACGCAGUGUCCGCAGAAGUUCUUCUUCCAAACAGAGCUGCAGGUACCAUAUUCAUGA